UCUGUUCCUUCCACACUCUCUCUUCUCUCUUUCUCUCCAUCUCUCAAUGCCAUGGUUCGUCCUUCCAUUUUCUACUACCACUCUCUGCGUCGCUCAUUCAGGGGCUUUUUCUUCAUCCCCACAACCUUAGCUCUCUUAACCUCUCUUCUCAUUCUCUUCUAUGUUUACUCUACCUCCAAUAUCUCCACCCAUCAUCAUCAUCAUCACCAACACCAAUCCUCUCUUCACUUCAAAUCUCCAUCUUCCUUUUCCACUGUCUCUUCUUCCAACCCCCACUUGACCCUUAUCUUGCCCAACAACGCUUCUGAUUCUAACAAGUCUCUGACUUCCCAAUUGGGUGAUGAUGGCCGUGGACCACAAAGUCAACGGGGUCUUCCACCCCAAUUCAGCUCAAAGGGUUCAGGAGAAUUUGAGAAUAACAACGACGUGUACCAUGAUAGAGAUAUCUUUUUGGAAGACUAUAAGGAAAUGAAUAGGAGCUUUAAGAUAUAUGUUUAUCCUCACAGGGAAGAUGAUCCUUUUGCAAAUGUGCUUUUACCUGUGGAGUCUGAACCUGGUGGCAAUUAUGCUAGUGAAAGUUACUUCAAGAAGGUACUCAUGAAGAGCCAUUUCAUCACAAAAGACCCUGUAGAGGCAGAUCUUUUCUUUCUACCUUUUUCCAUAGCAAGAUUGCGGCAUGAUCGUAGAGUUGGCGUGGGAGGCAUCAAGGACUUCAUCAGAGACUAUAUUCAGAAUAUUAUCCACAAAUAUCCGUAUUGGAAUCGCACCGGUGGUGCUGACCACUUUUAUGUAGCUUGUCAUUCAAUUGGAAGGUCUGCCAUGGAGAAAGCACCUGACGUGACCUUUAAUGCCAUUCAAGUUGUGUGCUCGUCAAGUUAUUUUCUAACUGGGUAUAUUGCUCAUAAGGAUACAUGCCUACCACAGAUUUGGCCAAGACAAGGAAAUCCCCCGAACCUUAUUUCAUCAAAGAGGAAGCAGCUAGCUUUCUUUGCUGGAGGAGUUAAUUCCCCAGUACGUGUAAAGCUUCUUGAGACCUGGAAAAACGAUUCAGAAAUCUUCGUUCACCAUGGAAGACUCAAAACACCAUACGCGGAUGAGUUGUUAGGAAGCAAGUUCUGCCUUCAUGUAAAAGGCUUUGAAGUGAACACGGCUCGUAUUGGAGAUUCUUUAUAUUAUGGUUGUGUUCCAGUGAUCAUUGCCAACUACUAUGACCUUCCAUUUGCAGAUGUUUUAAACUGGAAGAGCUUUUCAGUUAUUGUCACCACAUUAGAUAUACCAUUGCUGAAAAAGAUCCUGAAAGGUAUCAGUUCUGAUGAAUAUUUGAUGUUACAAAGCAAUGUUUUGAAAGUGAGGAAACACUUCCAAUGGCAUUCACCCCCGCAUGAUUUUGAUGCAUUUUACAUGGUUAUGUAUGAAUUAUGGCUUAGAAGAAGUUCUGUAAAAAAUUCAUUUGGGGAGAUUCUGUAAACCCCAAUAGAUUUAUGUAGGUUGUUGUAUUGGUAUAAUAGCUCCAUUAGAGAAUCAGUGAUUUUACUUUGUAUUUUUA